CUCGAUUCCUUGUAUAGAGGCAGUAUAUUAUAAGUGUCUAUAUAUUAUAGAGCUCUUUCCAAAUUCCAUUCUUCUCCUGGUGUAGCUUCCAGCAAAUAUUGAAUGAGGAAUGUAGAGGUACAGGACGGGAUCACCAAGUGGAAGAAGAUUACAACCCUGCCUCCUCCUCUCUAUCUUGUGGAUUAGCCUCGUUUUCCCCUCUCCCGGCUGGAUCCAUUCUCGCACCGUGUUCUUGGUGUCUUACGUUUUCUUUCUCUUUUACUAAUCAUAUCAAUCCGCAAGAUCUUCUUCGCUCUCCCAAAUUCUUUCUUGGGUUAGUUAAGCAGCAGCUCCUGAUCAUUCGAAAGAAGAAAUCUGCAUGAAAUCUGGGUGAAUUUUGCCACAACACAUCCCACUUUCCUCCAUUCCAACACCAGAUUUUUUCUUCUUUUUUUUUUCGUUUUUCCUUUUUUCACACAUGUUGGCAGUUUGAUAAUUAGCUUCUGCUGCGUACUGCGGCUGCACGCUGCUGUCCUCCUGCGCGCUGCUCUCGCUGCUCGCUGUGUUUCCUCUGGGCUGUGGAGAUUGCGUUAUAAAUACACCACCCCUUCGUUCCUUUUCCUCUCCUCCAUAGCUUUACAACACUCCUGCUGCUGUUCUUCAUUCCCUCCAUUCAAAACCUUCUCUGUCGAGUCGAGCGAGUCGAGUAUUCACCUUUGAAGAAUCAAAAGGGGGUGGUGAUCGGGGAGAGUGUCUUUCUCUCUUGCAGCUUCUCUCCCAAUCCUGCUGCUGCUGCUGCUGCUUCUCACUGGGGGGAGAGAUUCGCUUGAGAUUCUUUCAAGAUCUCUUCACAUUCAAGGGGGGAGAAAGGGAUUGAUUGGGAUCCCUGUGAGAGUGAUAUAAACUCUUAUAUAUACUUCCCCUCUCUCCCUCUCUCACACACGCAUCUGUAUAUGUGUUUUGCAUGCAUGGCCACAAUCAAUUGGUUUCUGGGAAGCAAUCAGGCUGCUGCUCCUGCUCCUGCUUUCUGCUUUCUGCGCCCUGCUGCUGCUGAGAACUACUCCUGAGCAUUAGAGAAUACAUGCAGAGAGAUCUUUGUCACCAACAACACACAAGGCUGCUCCUUUUUGUUCCUGCCAUCUCUGUGUGCUUCAAUUGCAGCACUGCACUCUCUUCUCUCUUUUAAAGACUCUCACUUUCUCUUCCUCUCUCUCUCUCUCUCUCUCUCUCUCUCUCUCUGUCUCUUCGCUCUCUUGCUUUUCCUCUUUCUUUUGCCUCCUGCUUCUUCCCUUUCCCUCUCACUCACAUUCACACCCUUCAGCAGAGAGGCUUCAAACAAAAACAGCAACAAAAGCAACAGGCUAGCUAUAAGCCAGUGGUUGAAGUUUGUUGGCACUUUUGUUUGGUUGUUUCAUGCCAAAAGUUUGAUGAUAGCUGGCUGUGCAUGCUGAUCAUGAUAUAGAAGCACCCAGGGAGGCCAAGAGAGAAGAGGCUCAAGUUCCAACAAAGUUUAUAGCACCAGAAAAGAAAAAAAGAAGAAAAAAAGAAGGAAAAAAGAAGGAAAAAGGAAGAAAAGAAAAGAGCGCUGCUUGAUCAUAGGAUUGAAGCGCGAGUUGUCUUGGCAAGAUCCAGCUGCGGAGAAGGAAAGAUAGGAGAACCGGAUACAACCACCACUCGAAUCUCUUCGUGGGAUUUGGGAAUAUCUGGAUUGGAAUUCUCGGCUCUCCUCGUUGUUCGUCGCUCACCCUUUUCUCUUUUUGAUUUUUCUCGUUUUUUCAUUCAGCUCAGAUCCUCCUUCUCUCUUCUUUAAUUUCUUUCUCUUUUUCUGCUAUUUCUCUCUCUCACUUACACCAUCUCUUCCUCCAGCAAGAAAGAAGGAAGAAGCUCAUCUGAAGUUCUCUCCGUUGCUCCUUUCGAAAGGCUUUGUGACAAUGUCAGGAGUGUGGGUCUUUAGGAAUGGUGUUGCUCGCCUCGUCUCCAAUCCGCUCAUGGAGCCCAUCGACGGAGGCAUGGAGCCAGUGGUGACGCGACGAAAGGUGCUCGUGCAUGUCCCCAGCAACGAAAUAAUCUCCUCGUAUUCGUGCCUGGAGCCAAAGCUCCUGGCGCUGGGAUGGGAGCGAUACCCGCUCGAGGAGCCCGACCUCAUCCAGUUCCACAAAGUCUACUCGGUGGAUCUCAUCUCCUUGCCCGCCGAUUUCUCCAAAUUCAAGACCAUCCACAUGUAUGACAUUGUGGUCAAGAACAAAUCAAUCUUUGAGGUUCGUGACUACUUCUCCUCGUCUUGAUCAACGAUCCUUCUUCCAUUCUUUUUCUUCGUUUUCGCUUUAGCUCCUGUAGUUCAAGUAGUGUUCUACUCUUAUCUCCAAAAGGCCAGCACAGAUUUCUCUGGAAAGAAAGAAAGAGAGAGUGAGAGAUAACAAAACAAAAAUCGAAUUUCUCCCGAGCAAUACGAUAUACCUUGUUUCUAUUCUUUGCUUUGAAUCUCUUGUGGAAAUGGAAUGUUUUUUGUA